CCAACACAAACCCACAGCAACCUGAUACCGGAGACGAGCGGUCCAGACAAGCCUGCAAACGAGGCGUUCCCAGCCGCCCUGCCUGUCUGUCUGUCUGCCCAGCGGAGCUCCGAGCCGUCAAUGCAAAACGCUGGCGAACGCCCGGGGGAAGAGCAGACCGAGAGAUAUCCAUCUCAUCGAUCCGGCGUCUACCAGCACAGGAGUAGUAAUCUUCGUCUAUCCCUGACCAGAAAAGCCCGCUGCAGGCGCCGUUGACUUGUGAUUUUUUUCCCCCGUAGGAAGAUCGUGAAAUGAGACGGGACGCGGAGAACUAUCUGGCUAGUGCUUGGUGCUAGCGUCGGUUAGCUUCAGUAGCAAGCUGCUCGUAAACUAGCCGUCUAAGCGAGCCAACUGGCUAACAUUUAUAUGCUGAUUUCCCGGGUUAUGUUGCGGAAAGGUGGACAAUCUUAGAAUUUGUGAACCCGCAAAUGGUCUGCACAUAGACCACCGAAUCGUGCGGUCUUUAUUUUUCCGAUAUUUAUCUUCUUUGCCUAAGUUUUCUAGCACCAGACAGUCGCCAAGGCAGCUAACAUGUUAGCUAGCAGAAAUGGACGUUGUUGGCUGGCUAGUUUCAGGUGGCAGCUCCGCCAAACAAGUUAGCCGCUUGGAUUAUCUGUUCUUUCUAUGCUGGGAUUGUCAACAGAACUAACUUAACUUUUAUUGGCAGUUAGUCAUUAGAUCACGGCAUCAGACCCCAACGUAGCAGCGCAUCUUUUUUCAUCUAUUCUCGAUGUGUUGUUCCAUGCCUGAGAGAGCAGUUCAAGUUAUUGAGCUGACGUGAGGACAAGAGUUAAAAACCAAGUGGUAGUUACAGAAGAGGACCAGAAGUAAAACAAGACUUGGACGAGUUCCAGCUACGAGACCAAAGUCAAUGCACACUGCCAUGGCUGUGGGCCGAAUCACUAUGAAAUCACUCGCUAAAUUUGGGUUUUGCCUGACAGUUCUCCUGACUUCAGUGGCUGCUGCUCAGGGUGAGGAGAGGGAAUGUGCCUUCACAGACCAGCAGCAGCAGUGGGAGGUGGAGCGAGUGGCAGGGGGCGAAGGCCGGGUCUCCCCAGAGAACACCACCAUCCGAUGUGCCAAGGGCAGCCACUGUUUCGGUCUGUGGGAGAAAAGCCCACCCGGCGAAGUGCGACUGGUCAAACAAGGUUGCUGGACUCACCUGGGUGACCACCAGGGCUGCCAUGAUGACCGCUGUGUAGUGACCAACCUCCCUCCACAAAUUCAGAACGGGACAUAUCAUUUCUGUUGCUGUGGGAGUGACAUGUGUAACGUCAACUUCACAGAGGAUUUCCCACUGCCCAGCCCCACCACCGCACAGCCAAUCACCACUCGUGCACUGCGCUGCGAAGAGACAAUAAUUAUCGCCCUGGCAACAGUCUCCGUGAUGGCUGUGGUUGCUGUAGCAGCCUUCUUUGGGUACCGCAUGAUGCACGGAGAUGGUAAGCAAGGCCUCCACAACCUGAACAUGAUGGAGGCUGCUGGCUCUGAGAGCUCACUGGACCUGGACAAUCUUAAACUACUGGAGCUGAUUGGGCGUGGCCGAUAUGGUGCGGUGUACUGCGGCUCUUUGGAUGAGCGGCCCGUAGCUGUGAAGGUCUUCACUGCAGCCAACCGCCAGAACUUCCUCAAUGAAUGUUCCAUCUACAGGCUCCCACUGCUGGAGCAUGACAACAUCGCCAGAUAUGUUGCUGCAGAUGAGCGGACAGGCCCAGAGGGCCGAACAGAGUACCUACUGGUCAUGGACUACUACCCACAUGGUUCUCUGAGCCGCUACCUGAGUGUACAAACCAACGACUGGGUCAGCAGUUGUCGGCUGGCUCACUCUGUCACCCGUGGCCUGGCGUACCUGCACACUGAGCUCUUCAAAGGAGACUUGUAUAAGCCUGCAGUUUCCCACAGGGAUCUGAACAGCCGGAAUAUACUCGUCAAAGCUGAUGGCACAUGUGUCAUCAUUGAUUUCGGCCUGUCCAUGAAGCUGACAGGAAACAGGCCGGCACGUCAUGGGGAGGAGGAAAAUGCUGCUAUAAGUGAAGUCGGCACAAUCCGCUACAUGGCCCCAGAGGUGCUGGAGGGGGCAGUGAACCUGAGAGACUGUGAGUCGGCGCUGAAGCAGGUGGAUAUGUAUGCCCUUGGUUUGGUCUACUGGGAGACCUUCAUGAGAUGUACCGACCUUUUCCCCGGAGAAUCUGUGCCAGAAUACCAGAUGGCCUUUCAGGCUGAGGCAGGAAACCACCCGACGUUUGAGGACAUGCAGGUCCUUGUGUCCAGGGAGAAGCAGCGGCCCAAAUUCCCUGAGGCCUGGAAAGAGAACAGUUUGGCGGUUCGCUCUCUAAAAGAGACAAUGGAGGACUGUUGGGACCAGGAUGCAGAGGCCCGGCUUACAGCCCAGUGUGCUGAAGAACGACUGGCAGAGCUGCUUCUCAUUUGGGACCGCUCUAAAUCUGUCAGCCCUACACUUAACCCCAUGUCCACCACACUACACAAUGAGAGAAAUCGUAUGACGCCGAAGUCUGGUCCAUACACAGACCAUCCCUCAACCUACAUCGAAGAGCACGAGGGUGUGGCUAAAAACACACAGGCUGAAACCACUGGCUCUGUAAGUGGCAGAGCUGUGAGUGGGACUGGAGAAAGAAACAGGAAUUCCAUCAACCAAGAACGCCAGCAGCAAGCCAAUGCCCGUCUGCCAAGCCCAGAGGGCAGCAGCACUAGUGGAGCUGGCCUGGCCCUGAGAGGGAGUCCAUCAGCCUCUACUACAACCACCACCAUCAUCUCUGAGUCUGAAGGAUCUACAGGGGCCACAACGGUCCCUGUGUGCCUCCACUUGACCCAGGAGGACCUGGAAACAACUAAGCUUGACCCUAAAGAGGUUGAUAAGAACCUGAAGGAGAGCUCAGAUGAGAACCUGAUGGAGCACUCACAGAAGCAGUUCUGCUCUCCAGACCCACUCAGUCCUGGCAGCUCAAGCCUUCUUUAUCCACUCAUCAAGAUGGCCAGCGAGGCCUCAGGUGCAUCAGACCCAGCUGUGGCCAUACCCACCACCAUCUUCCCCCUGCCCAAGCAGCAGAACCUGCCCAAGAGACCGUCUAGUCUGCCCCUGCGUACCAAGCCCACGAAGAAGGAGUCGUCAUCAUCUUCACUCAGGUUCAAGUUUGGACGUUCUGGGAAGUCCAACCUGCGUCAGGUGGAGGGCACAAAGAUGAACAUUGGUGCAGUAACAGGCACAAACACUGCUGUGGAGGCCCACAGAGGUACAGGCACAAACAACAUACCUGUUCUACGAGACACACAUGUUAAUGGUAGUGCUAAUGGCCAUGCCAGCGGGGCUCUCUCAUCCAUGGCAGCAGGUGGGGCUACAGGGUUUGGAGGAUCCAGCAUAACUCAAAAUGGAUCCGGAGCCUUGCGGUCAGAUGACAGCAGAUUGAGUCUAGGUGUCAUCACAGCCAGCCCAGAUGAACACGAGCCACUUUUAAGCCGAGAGCGUGAGCAGCCUGAUCCGAGAGAUGCCAGUUCGAGUGUUGCAGCUCUCCGUUCAGCUCGACCCAACACUAACAACAACAACAGCAACACAGGCCAUGGCCAGGGGGAUGGGGAGAGUGAAGGAGAGAGUGAUGGAGGAGAGGAGACUGCAAGCGCAGAGGGAGGCAGCAGAGAGACCACAGGCGGGCCUCCGGGAGAAAGCUCCGGCUCCGGCCCUGGCUCUGUCAUUUCAAACCCCCAAGGAGAAGCUUCCGUCACCAUGCGAGGGGAGGCCCUGCUCAGACAGCCACGGGCUCGCAGGCCUGAGAGACCCAACUCCCUCGACCUGUCCUUCACAACCAUGGACCUGGCAUCACUAGAGGAGGGUUUGGUGCAGCCAGACGGAGCAUUGGGCACAGCAGAUAAAAUCAAGAAGCGCGUCAAAACGCCUUAUUCCCUGAAGAAGUGGCGGCCGACUACAUGGGUCAUCUCAACAGAUACCAGGGGGCCAGAAGUCAAUAACAAUGGUUCUACUCAUGGUCAAGGCCACAGCCACAACCGGCCCAAGUCCAGUUCUGCUAUCUACCUUCAAGGGGGGAACUUGGCCAGUGAGCCCAGUGACACACAUGUGUGAACAUGGACCCUCCUACAGGACUGAAAAGCACCACAGAGAGCAUUUGGUUUUUGUCUGUUCAGCUCUCUGGUCUGAUUCAAAAUCAGCAAGAGGAAGCUAUCGAGUGUCUUGUGAACAAACAGUCGAGUCUGAUCAUGUACAGUAAUUAGGUCUGUCUCGCUCCUGUGUGUCUUUCUGAUGACGGCAUUGCUUUAAAUGGAAUCCAGCUAUGCAGCAUUCUCAUCCGCUUUUGUUUCUGUGGGUUUAUUGAUCUCCCUUGGUUGGUUUGCUUCGUGUUUUCUGUUUUGUCCUCAUGAGCAUAGCAGCGUUUUGAGUGGAUUUCUUUUUCUAUGUGCACUUUGAACAGAGAAAAUCAGUGUUUAAAAGUCCUAUUUGUUGCGACCAUGACAAGACAUGGUCUCUAAACUUAAAAAGGCGAUGACAAACAAUCAACACUUCGAGCAUUCUCUUUCCAGUACUUUGCUGUAUCAAGCAUUAAGAGUAGGCUCUGUAAAAGAACUGACGGUCUUAAAAGACAGAACAAGCUACUUUAAUUUUUGUAUUUCCUUGAUUUGUAUGCAAUACCUUUUAUUUGUCCAUGUAUCCAUUUUUUGUGUCAUAAUUUUUAAUUGUGCAAUAGGAUGUAGCUUUUAGAUGCGUUCAAUGUUUAAUCGCUUCCAUUACUUUCAUCAUUGUUUUAUCCCUUCAUUAUUUUGGUAUGUUAAUCUUCAUUGCACUUAAGUAUAGUCACAAUUGUUUCUAAACAAUUCACCAUACACUAUCAAACCCCCUGACUCUAGAGGAGAGGAUGGAUGACAAUCCUCUCUCUUUUUCUUCUUCUCUGGACUUUUAAUCUUAAAGGGGGCGCACACGCUAACACUCAAUCCUAGCUGACUGAACGAGUUGGUUUCCUGAACUUCUGCUUGCACAAUUACACCCAGAAUGGUUCCAGAUUUGGGGUCUGUUAACACUACAGUCACCAGAAUCAAAUCUAUGGAGGGAUCUGUAACAGUGUCCGACUAAAUCGCUGUACCACUAUCACCUGACCUCACUGUGGACUGUUUCAACUGUGUGUUUAGCUGUCUACGUAUAUGUGACUGAAAGACCAGAAACACUAUAAAAAGCCCAGAUUCUACUCUUCGGACUCUGUCAGAAACCAGACACAAGUCUAAAAAGAAAAAACCAAACUCCUCUGAAGCACGCUGGAUAUUAUUUCUGCUUCUUGUUGUCUCAUCCUUUGGUGUUGGAGUGAAUGAUUUAAGUAUGCGUGUGCCAGUGAGCAUGUGUUGUGUUUUCUUAAUGUCAGCAAGCAUUAUAGUCAUUGGGGCCUAGCGCUGUACAGGCGUGCUGAAAUGUCAUUGUAUUCAUUCUGUAUUUUCAGCGCUGCUUCAGGGCAUAUGAAAAGAUCUCAUUUAUGUUUUUGUAAUCUGUAAUUUGUAUGAAAAAAACAAUGUAUGUGUACUGCAUUAAUAUUUGCAUCAUUUUUAUGGAACUCUGUUAUGCAUUCAAUGGACAUGGCCUUUGAUUCCAUUGCUAUGCGUCUGCUCGGUACAGUUUCUGUUAACAUUUUUGAGUCAAUAUGAAAAGAAAUCUCAAUAAAUGUAUGAAAUAAUUGUUGCUCAUA